CACAUGUAUAGAGCAAUAUAGAUGUAUGUUUCUUCAGGGUGCGGUGAUGGGUGUUCCACCUGCUCUAGCUACAACAACUGUCAGUCCUGUUUCUGGGGGUACAACAUGGUCCGUCACACUCUCCCCGGGGGUAAACAGACAGCAGUGUGCAAACCAUCGGGAGUGAAGUGUCCCAGCAAGAACUCCCACUGUUCCUACACCAUGUACGUCCGGAGCUCGGUCGGCUGCCUGGGCUGUACGUCAUGUGACGAGGGAUACCUCCCCACCUUCAACCACCUCUACUACCGCGUCACAACCGACCCCCACGGCAGCUACACCUUCAACAACAUCACCAUCAAGAACAAUAGGGACGUGAAUGAACCCCGCUUAGUGUGCGUCAAGGGACAGGAUUGUCGUGAUGGUUGGUUCAGGAAAGACACACAGAGAUCGUCUUUCUGCGACUGGUGCGGAGAAGGAUGUAGCCGGUGCACAGACAAUACUUCCUGCUCUAAAUGUGAUCCGGGAUACACUUUAAACCAGACUGGUACCAAGUGUACGGCGAAUAGUACAUGAGACGAAUAAAAAAAGUACUUCUGAAAAA